UAGGUUAUUUGAAAGAAAAUUAGAAACCAACAAAUGUUUACCCCGAAGGCUUACCAGAAGAGCUUCUGAUAUCUGGAAGCUUGAAUCUGCACUCACUAUUCAUCACCGCCGUUCUGUUUCAGAUUCGUCCGCAUAACUACUCAAAGAAGGGAUGGAUAUAAUCGAGUCCAUUCAAAGUCUUGCUGUGCAAAACCCGCCAGGGGAGGACUUCUUUUCUGGUGAUUUGAAUUGGACCAAGUUUGGAAAUGCAGAGCACCACGAUGAGGUUGCCCUGAUUCCCUAUGACCGAGUUGAUGCCUUUAUUAUUGGAGAAUGUUCUAAUGUUGAAUGCCCAACGAGAUUCCACAUAGAGAGGGGGAGGAAACGAAUUGAGGGGAGCUUAAAAGAAUACAAGCCUGAUGAAUACUUGGAGUACAGGAUGUAUUGGUGUUCCUUUGGCCCUGAAAACUAUGGAGAAGGGGGAGGCAUAUUACCGAGCCGAAGGUACCGACUUAACACUCGUAACCGUGCUGCAAGACCCCAAUCCAUGAGGGGAUGCACAUGUCAUUUUGUGGUGAAGCGUUUAUAUGCUUGCCCAUCCCUUGCACUUCUAAUAUUUAACAAUAGGAGACAUGUGAACAAGUCUGGUUUUGUUUGCCAUGGACCACUAGACAGAGAUGCUAUUGGUCCUGGUGCCAAAAAGAUUCCAUACAUUUGCAACGAGAUACAACAGCAAACCAUGUCUAUGAUAUAUCUUGGCAUUCCUGAGGAAAAUGUUUUAGAAAAGCAUAUCGAAGGCAUUCAGCGUUAUUGCGAUUCAGAUGCGAAAGUCAAUAACCUUGCCUCACAGUAUGUCCAAAAACUCGGCAUGAUUAUUAAAAGAUCCUCUCAUGAAUUGGAUCUUGAUGAUCAAGCUAGCAUUCGGAUGUGGGUUGAACGAAACAAAAAAUCUGUUUUCUUUUAUCAGGAUUCAUCAGAAAAGGACCCAUUCAUCUUAGGAAUACAAACUGAGUGGCAGUUGCAACAAAUGAUUCGUUUUGGCCAUCGUAGUAUCAUAGCAGCAGAUUCUGCAUUUGGAAUAAAGAAACUCAAGUAUCCAUUGUGCACACUUCUUGUUUUUGAUUCAAGACAACAUGCACUUCCUGUUGCGUGGAUCAUCACUCGCAGUAUUGCAAAGAUAGAUGUGAAUAAGUGGAUGAAAGCGUUGGUCGGACGUGCACACAAAUCUGAUCCAUCAUGGAAAAUCAACGGGUUUUUGAUUGAUGAUGCUGCAACAGAGAUUGAUCCGAUAAUGGAAGCAUUAUCUUGUCCUUUAAUAUUUUCUCUUUGGCGUGUUCGUAGAUCUUGGUUAAGAAAUAUUUGCAAAAAAUGUGGUAAUAUUGUAGUGCAAAGAGAGAUAUUGAAGCGCUUGGGUGAUAUGGUUUAUGGUAUUUGGGGUGGGCGUAAUCCUGCUGUUGCUUUGGAGGAACUUACUCAAGACUUUGUUGACCAAGCGGACUUUAUGCAAUAUUUUACAUCUACAUGGGUUCCUAAAAUAGAAAUGUGGCUGACUACAAUGAAGUUGUUUCCACUUGCAAGUUUGGAAUCGUCGUGUGCAAUAGAAGCAUAUCAUAUGAAGCUGAAAUCAAAAGUAUAUGAUGAUUCACAUUUGGGUGCAUUACAGAGAGUUGAUUGGUUGGUUCACAAGCUGACCACAGAGUUACAUUCAAGCUACUGGCUUGACAGAUAUGCUGAUGAGAGUGAUUCAUUUCAAAAUGUCAAGGAAGAGUAUAUUGCCUCUACGUCUUGGUAUCGAGCACUGCAAAUUCCUGAUUCAUUAGUGGACCUUGAAAGCGGACAACACCUUUUCGCUAAGGUUUUAAGUCAGAAAGACAGUACUAUUACACAUCUUAUUUGGAACCCUGGAUCUGAUUUUGCUCAUUGUGAUUGUGAAUGGUCACUGCAAGGAAACCUUUGCAAGCAUGUCAUUAAGGUCAAUAUGAUGUGCGGAAAUAUUCAAGGCUAUAGACCUUCCAUGUCUUACCAAUCAUUCCAAGAAAUUAUAAUGGAUCUAAUGAAAACGCCAAUGGAUGACUCAAUAGCACUUGAUCUCUCAAAUGCAUGGACACAUCAAAUGGUUGAUCAGAUUCAACUACUUGUUGAUUUGAAUGGUUCCAAUAACAUAGGUGACAUGGUUAAUAGCAUGCCUUUGAGAUGGGCUGGUAAGAAGAGUAGAACACCCCGUUGCAUGCCUACUUCGGCAAUUACUUUGCCCCCUAGCUCACAGAAUGAGACAACAAUCAAGAGUUCUACUCUGCAUAGCAAGAAUCGAAAGCGGAAGAGACUGUCAAGGAUUGGCUGAUUGCUUAUUUAGUCCUUGACUUACAUUGUCUAAUUGUUAUGCUUCACCAGCCAUGCAAGACCAUUCCUUCAUUUUUGGAUCCACACAUUUAGUUCAAUCAACUAACGUUAAUCCAUAACAGAGUAACCAUUUCCUUCGCAUGCUCCACUUCUGAUGAAUUUAUUGGGAUGAGCCGACUGUAAAUGAGAUUGCUCAUGGCUAUUCAUUUAACAGAGAUUGCUUUUAAAACUUUUUGGAUCAGAAAUUGAUAUCUACUUGUCUUGGACAUGUUCGCUCGACUUACUCCAAUGGAAGCAGAGGCGUAGCUUGCCAAGAAAAAGACUAUGCAUCUCCACGAUCAGCCUAAUCUGGAGGUACAACUUGUCAACUACUUGGUUCCAUUCCAUCUAGUGGGAGCUAAGAUGGCUAGAAGUGCAUCUAUGAAACAAACUUGAGGUCACAAAGAGGUUGUUUUGCGGUUCUGAAAUUGGGACUGUUUCUUCUAUAUUUACUCCUUGACUUCUUCGGAGUUCAUCAGUUCAUGUACACACAACCCUUGGAACAUGACAUCUUAUCUUCUCUGGUUCCCUAGCAUUUCUGAUUUAUAGUACGGAGUUACAAUGAUUGUAACUAUGAAAAGUUUGUGAGUUGUGAUGGUUGCCUUUUUGUAGUUUUAGCACAUGAGAUAUGUAAAUAAUGCUUGGAAUGGAGUCUCUUUGUUUUUCUCCUUCCGUCUUAAAAAUAAUACUCUGUAUGAAGUAUUUGGUUACAUACCUACAUGUUGUGAAGUGUUCUACCCUUGCAAUAAUAUAAGCGAAAAGAUU